UCACAUUCUCAUUUCCUCUCUCUCUCUCUCUCUCUCUCUCUCUCGUGUGUUCUCUCGUUGAUCAUUCGCUUCGUGAAUUCUGAGUGGGUUUUGGGUGAUCGGAGUUCGUAGCAGCGGGGGGAGGGGGCUUUAUCGGGGGUUCGUUCAUGGAGAGCACGGACUCAUCGGCGGGGUCGGCGGCGCAGCCCCACCUGCCGCCGGGGUUCCGGUUCCACCCGACCGACGAGGAGCUCGUCGUCCACUACCUCAAGAAGAAGGCGGCCUCGUCGCCGCUCCCCGUUUCCGUCAUCGCCGAGGUCGAUAUCUACAAGUUCGAUCCCUGGGAGCUUCCAGCGAAGGCGACGUAUGGCGAGCAAGAAUGGUACUUCUUCACCCCGAGGGACCGGAAGUACCCGAACGGGGCGAGGCCGAACAGGGCGGCGACGUCCGGGUACUGGAAGGCCACGGGGACCGAUAAACCGGUGCUGUCUGCGGUCGGGCAUCAGAAGGUCGGCGUGAAGAAGGCCCUCGUCUUCUACGGUGGGAAACCCCCGAAGGGCGUCAAGACGAACUGGAUCAUGCACGAGUACCGUCUCAUCGAGAACAAAGUCAGCAACAGACCGCCGGGAUGUGACGUGGGCAACAAGAAAAAUUCCCUGAGGCUGGAUGACUGGGUGUUAUGCCGAAUCUACAAGAAGAGCAACGUGCACCGGCCGAUGGACCACGAGAGGGACGACUCGAUGGAGGACAUGCUCGAAUCCAUCCCUCCUUCGUUGACGAUGAACCCUCACAGCAUGAAGCUACACCUCUCUAAGCCGUCCACGACGAGUUAUGGGGUAUUGUUCGAGCACGAGCAGAGCCUUUUCGAAGGGAUGAUGGGGGCUAACGGCGGCGGCGGCAUCCCCGGCAACGUGAUGUCUCACCUUGCAUCAUCCUCGGGCUUAAAGCCAGAAUUGGCCAUGGUCCAAGCGCCCAACAUUUCGAGCCCUCUUCCCCUGAAGCGGACUCUUCACUCCCUCUAUUGGAACGACAAGGACGUCGCCGCCGAGACAAGCGACCCUUCGUCGGUCAAGAGACAGUUCAGUGCGGACAGGAACGAUCCGGGGAGCGUCGAGAGGAAUAACAACGGAGGGACUAGUUCCAUCGCGUCUCUGCUCGGCCAGAUUCCUCAAACCCCACCGCUGCACCAGCAAACGGCUUAUGGGCCUCUCGGUGACGGCGGUUUCCGACCACAGUUCCACAUGCCAGGACUGAAUUGGUAUGCCUAAUUAAUCCAGCGUAUACCUUGAAUUUGACGGUGGGCAUUUCACCAUAGCUAUGUUAAGGUGAAAGUUUCUUCGCCACAUUAACAAGAUGGUGCUACAGUUUGACAAAACUGUGAAGGUAUGGAUUGGUGCAUGUGUAGAGACUAAGUGAGUGGCCCCCAGAGAAAUUCCUCUAGGAGGAAGAGGGUAUAAGAGGAGCUUCCAAUUUCAGGCGAGGCCAAUAGAAGCAUAUUACAAUUAGGGUCAUAUACAUGAAUGUAUAUUUUCACAUUUUAGGGUUUCUUCUAUGUGUAUAGAGGCAUUGAAUUCAAAUAGGACGGUGAUUCAUACGAAACAAGGACAUAGCUGAUCCUCAUGUAGAAAAAUAAAGUAGAUGAAUCAUUAGUAUUUUUGCUCUAGGAUACUGCACCGCCAGAAAUGAUUGUAUAGAGCCCUAUAAUAUAUUUGAGCGUCGUUUAUUGCAAUGGAUGAUCCUUUAUAUUUAAAAUCCCUAUACAUGAUUUUACUUG